AUGAGAGCAGGUGGUGCGCAGCAGAAGAAGAAGACCGGCGACAGGAGGUUGGAUACGCUCGGAUUUGGAUCUGGAUCUGGAUCCGGAGGGCGGGGGACAGGCGGAAGGAACGGCCCGAGUCCCGAGGUACCAUCAUCGACAGGGUCGGCCCACGACCAGCUGGACUGGACGGCCUCGCGGGUUUUCGUGGUAAGGCCGAGGGUUGUGGGGGCCACCACGGGGGCGGGGGUGGGCUUGCCCCUGCUUCUUCUCGUCGUCGCUGUGCUCGGCAAUCGAACGUGCACGACGACGGCCGCGCCGGUGGUGUCCGAUACGCAGGUGUCCCUCGACGCUACGCCUCCUCGUCUUCUGCCUCGAUUACCGGACCGUUCGCCACCGGAGUCCACCUACCGGAGAACGACUCGCCGGUAUUCAAAUCUUCAACCAGGCAAUCCUUCCGGAGAACAUCGUUCGUCAAGCGGAGCGCUGGAUCGUCACGCGGUGUCUGCAUCGGCGGAACUUGGUCUGGACGGCGGGGCUUGGUCGCGCUCACCCCGUGAUCCAGCGCGGAUCGACGUCAAUAAUAACAGCAACGACGACGACGACGACGACAAUAACAAUAACAACAACAACAACAACAACACCGGGACAAAGGAUCCUACUUCUUCGCCUGCGUCGGCGGAAGGAGCAGGGAGAGGAGGAAGAGGAGGAGGAGGUCUGGCUCACGAGAGGACCGAGUCGAAGCGACGGCAGGUGGCGGCUAGCCUGCUCGAUCAACGAGGAUCGACGACGUCCCUGGAUCUGCGACCGCACCGGCUGCAGACCGCGUUCUCCCGCAACCAACGCCUCGAGAAACCUCUCUCGACCCCGGUCGAGUCUGGUCGCGGUAGAUCCGUUCGACCCGGAGCCGCGAACGCCGAGAGAUCGACGAGCUCGGAUCUCGGGGACGCUCCGUCGACGAUUACGACGGCACCGGUGAUCGCCGGUAGCACCGUGCCCUAUCGUCUGGCAGCUCGGACUGUGCCGCGGGUGCUCGGGGACGCCGGCGAGGGUACAGGUGUGUUGUCGGUGAACGAGGACCAAGGGAAGGACGGACGCAACAGGAAGGACGAACGCGGAGGUGUCGCGGGUAAACACGGGGGGAGGUUCGCGGUCGCGGGGAACGGUAGUGGUGAGGUCGUUGGUGGUGGUGGUGGUGUCGUCGAGUGGACCACGACAACAGUCGCCGGGCCGAUGUCAUCGUGGUCGUAUCAUUCUGAAGAUGAGGAGCCGGGAGCUGGAAGCGUAAGGACACGCCCGAGCCCGGAGGAGGCGGCGAGCGAGGACGAAGAGGCCGACGCCGGAGAGGAUCAGGUCAAGGUCACCGUAGCACAGCCGACCAAAGGCUCGACUGCGUCGACGACUGCGCGGCCGACCACGACCACAACGCAGUUGCCACCACCGAGUCAAGACACCUCUAUGGAAGCACUGAGCGCAAGCAGCUACAUAGUGUCAGUGGUGCUCGUCCUGGUAGUCGGAGCACUGGUGGGUGUCCUGGCGACGGUAUCGCAUCAUCUUCAUCAUCGUCGGUUGCUGCUGCACGAGCCGGCCUCCGCCUCGAUCUUGCAUCACCAUCGGCACCAUCAUCAUCAUCGUCAUCACCGGGAGGAAUUGCCGGCGUCGCAUCAACGGCGUCUCCUGCUGCAAGAUCACCGUCGUCAUCCUGGCACACCGAUGCUGUCGGUGAGCCCAGGAAUGGAGGUAGGAAAUGGCGCUCACGGUGGCCUCGGCGGUGGACUGGAGGGUGAUCCGAGCGGUGGUGGCGCCGGCGUGGGCGGCGGCGGGGGCGGAGGAGGCGGCGGCGUCGGCGAAGGAGCCACCGACGGGAUGCAGGAGGCGAUGGUGGCCGCCGCCAGGGAUAGGGCGAUUCGCGCCGGAAGCGUCCGGCAGGACCUCGCCCUCGACCUACCCCCACGGCUCCAACUUCCGGACGGCGAGGAGCGUCCUUACGGAGCGCACACCGCCCUCCACCUGCGCGACCCCGAACAGGAGAGCGAGAUAUACCAGAAGUGCGUGCGACCGCCGCCAAACCGGACGGUGUUCGACAGCGAGAGCCCGCCGCCUUACAGGAGCCAAUCGGCGUUGUUGGACGCGCCGGACCGGAUAGUCCGUUGCCACAGCGCUGGCAGUUCGUUGCUGAGGGUGUUCCGAAAGUUCCCGAGUCCCGGCAGCUCGACACCGGCCGUGGUGGUGCCGCCGAGGAGGCCGACCCUGUCCAGUUAUUCCGAGUCGAGCAGCAACCUGAGCAACCUGUCCAGCCUGACGGUGGUGCCGUGCGAGGCGGACGAGAGCCAGCAGCAACAGCACCACCACCACCAUCAGCAGCACGUCUGAUCCGAGGCGCGGCCGAGAAGAAGGAGAACACUCGAGGCCACGAUGACAGCGGGGAGAGAGUUCCUGCUCGAGGUCGACGGUCGUCGAACAAGGAUCUCGUGGAAGCGGCGACGAGCCGGCGGCGGCGGCACGGACCAAGCGAAACGGAACAAGGAAGAAGCUGACGACGAGGGCGAAGCGCGAGCGAGACGCGAAGAAACCGCGGCGGAACAAGGAGAGCAGGGGGACGAAG